GAUACACCAAAGCUAAGUGGUGAUGUUUCAACCUUUGCGGUACACUCCUUUAUUAUGAUUCAAUGUCCUGACAACCAAAAGCCUACUGCUGAUAUUGAUAUGGAGGCUUCAAAUGUUCCAGACAUCGUAUCAGAAGCGUCUAACUCUGAUGGAACUUCUCAAACAUCUAUCCGAACACUGACAAGAACUCGAUGUAAAAAAUCUGGAAGUGAAUCAAGUCUUGUUUCUAGUUUACCAAAAAACAAACCAACUAGUCAAACAAGAAAAUCUAUGAGAUCUAAAGUUUUGUCUAAUCGAUGUAAAGGAUCAUAUAGUAAUUAUAAUGGUAAAGGCACUACUCAAAGACCACGUUCUCGACGUCAUAUGUUUAAAAGAGAAACACAAAAAUUAGCAAAUCCACCAGCUCUUAUAAGUCUUCGUAAUUGUGUUUACCAUGAGGAUGUUUGGUAUCAUGUAGGUGAUAUUGUUUCAUUAUUAGAUGUUGAUGGUGAAAUUUUCUAUGCUCAAAUAAGAGGAUUGGCUACGGAUUCAGUUGGAGAUAAUUGUUGUUUCUUAACUUGGUUAAUCCCAGUUUCAGGUUGUCGUGAUGAAGAAUUUCGACCAUCAGAUUAUAUAAUCGGUAUGGAAGAAGAUAUAUUGAGAGAUUUGAGUUGUUGUAAAUUAGUAUGUCGUUGUCCUGCUGAUUAUUUUCAACCUAUUGCCAGUCCAUAUACUAUACAAUCAUUUAAAUAA